AUGCGCUUUGUUCUUCCUUGCCUGCUGGCCCUGGGCUGGCUCACCACGGCCGCCGUCAUUCCCUUCCCGAGCAAUGCCACCGAGCCUGAGGUUCAGGCAGAGGCAACAGGGUAUCGCUCUGUGGCCUACUUUGUGAACUGGGCUAUCUAUGGUCGAAACUACCAUCCACAGAAUCUGUCCGCCGAAAGACUGACGCAUGUGCUGUACGCCUUUGCAAAUGUGCGUCCCGAAUCCGGUGAGGUGUAUCUCUCAGACAGCUACGCCGAUCUCGAGAAACAUUAUUCAACGGAUUCGUGGAAUGAUGCCGGCACCAAUGUCUAUGGUUGCGUUAAGCAGCUAUUCUUGCUGAAGAAGAAGAAUCGCAAGCUCAAGGUGCUGCUGUCGAUUGGUGGCUGGACUUAUUCGAGCAAUUUUGCCGCGCCACUCAGUACUGCCACAGGCCGGGCCAAAUUUGCGUCGUCGGCUGUGGAGCUCGUGAAGAAUCUUGGGUUUGAUGGGCUGGAUAUUGAUUGGGAGUACCCUGCCGAUAAUGCCCAGGCCGAUAACAUGGUGGCGACGCUCAAAGAGGUGCGAUCGGCUUUGGACCGGUACAGCGCAGCCAAUGCAGGAGGAUACCACUUCUUGCUGACAGUUGCCUCUCCUGCUGGCCCAACCAACUACCAAAAAAUGAACCUCGCCCAAAUGGACCAGUACCUCGACUUCUGGAACCUCAUGGCGUACGACUACUCCGGCAGCUGGGACAGCAUCGCCGGACAGGACGCCAACAUCUACGCCUCAACCGGCAACCCGGCCAGCACGCCGUUCAACACGGAGCAAGCCGUCAACUACUACACCUCACACGGGGUGAGUGCCAGCAAAAUCGUUCUGGGCAUGCCGCUAUACGGCCGCGCGUUCACAAAUACCGACGGGCCCGGAAAGAGCUUCAGCGGCGUGGGUUCCGGCAGUUGGGAGAAUGGCGUGUGGGACUACAAGGCGCUCCCGCAGGCGGGGGCCGUGGUCCACCAGCUAGACCAGCCGGUGGCGAGCUACAGCUACGACUCCGGGAAGCGCUUGAUGAUUAGCUAUGAUACCCCUGCUAUCGCACAGAAGAAGGCGCAGUAUAUUCGGUCCAAGGGGCUUGGUGGGGGGAUGUGGUGGGAGAGUAGUAGUGACAAGACGGGCGGUGAUAGUUUGAUUACUACGGUCGUUACUGGAGUUGGUGGCUUGGGUGCCCUCGAUCAGAGCCAGAAUCGACUUGGUUAUGGUGCUUCCAAGUAUGACAAUCUGCGGGCUGGGUUCCCGUCUGGUUGA